CAUCGAAUCCGCUACUUCGGGCUGGAUCGUUUACUGAGGGAGAGAGAAGCGGCGAGCGCGAUAUGGCGGAGCUCCGCCACUCGGCUUCCAUGAGUAGCAGGGCCUCCGCCGGCGCCUCCCCUGCCAAGGUUGAGGAAGCUUCCCACUCCUUCGUCUCCGCUGCCGCCACCGACCUUGGCGGACGAGAUCAAGACCGGGAUCACGACAAGGAUCCCCACCGCCACUUCUUCGCCUCAGCCCUACUCAAUCUGCCUGCCCCCUUCCGAUCCCUCUUCGCGCUCGAGGACCCGAGGGUGUCCACCUCUUACUCCUACCGGAUCCUCGUUGGAUUCCUCGCCUUUCUUGUGUUGGUUGGCCUACUAUCCCUCCCCUCUUUUUGGAGUCGGCUGAAUGCACCUUAUUUGUGCCAUAAAGAAGGGAUCACACUUCAUUGUCCACGUGUGAAGGAGCCUCCAUCACUUUGGGAGAAUCCUUAUUCUUCUACUACCUCAUGGAAACCAUGUGCUGAACGCUGGGAUAAUGGUAUUACAGUACCUCCUGAGAAUGAAACCAAUGGCUACAUAUUCAUCCAUGCCGAGGGUGGUCUUAACCAACAACGUAUAGCUAUAUGCAAUGCUGUUGCUGUGGCAAAGAUAAUGGGCGCAACUCUUAUUUUGCCAGUACUAAAGCAAGAUCAAAUUUGGAAAGAUCAGACGAAAUUUGAAGAUAUAUUUGAUGUUGAUCAUUUCAUUGAAUAUUUAAAGGAAGAUGUACGAAUUAUACGAGAUAUUCCCGAGUGGUUUACAGACAAAGCAGAGCUCUUCACCAGUAUAAGACGAACUGUGAAGAACAUUCCAAAAUAUGCAUCAGCAGACUUCUAUAUUGACAAUGUACUUCCUAGGAUCAAAGAGAAGAAGAUAAUGGCUUUGAAGCCUUUUGUUGAUAGGUUGGGGUACGACAAUGUUCCACCAGAAAUAAACAGGCUCAGGUGUAAAGUUAACUAUCAUGCCUUAAAAUUUUUACCUGAGAUUGAGGAAAUGGCUGAUAAAUUGGCAGAAAGAAUGAGAAAUCGCACUGGCAGUGUGAACCCAUACAUGGCACUUCAUCUGAGAUUUGAGAAGGGAAUGGUAGGCCUCUCCUUCUGUGAUUUUGUUGGAACUAGAGAGGAGAAAGCAAUGAUGGCAGCAUAUAGACAGAAAGAAUGGCCAAGACGGUACAAGAAUGGAUCUCAUCUUUGGCAACUUGCACUUCAGAAAAGAAAGGAAGGUCGUUGCCCCCUUGAACCAGGGGAGGUUGCUGUUAUAUUACGUGCAAUGGGAUAUCCCAAGGAAACACAAAUAUAUGUUGCUUCAGGACAAGUGUAUGGUGGAAAGAACCGGAUGGCACCAUUAAGAAAUAUGUUUCCAAAUCUGGUUACUAAGGAGGAACUAGCGAGCAUAGAAGAAAUAGACCAUUUCAGGAAGCAUGUGACUAGCUUGGCUGCCCUAGAUUUUUUGGUAUGCUUGAAGUCAGAUGUGUUUGUGAUGACACAUGGUGGCAAUUUUGCCAAACUAAUAAUAGGAGCUCGCCGUUACAUGGGCCAUAGACUGAAGUCGAUAAAACCAGACAAGGGACUCAUGUCAAAAUCCUUUGGGGAUCCCUACAUGGGUUGGGCAACCUUUCUGGAGGAUGUUGUGAUUACCCACCAAACAAGGACUGGCCUUCCUGAAGAAACGUUCCCCAACUAUGACAUAUGGGAGAAUCCCCUAACUCCAUGCAUGUGCAGAACUUGAGCAAAAGUACCAAUAUCAGUUUUGUGUAACUUGUUUCUCUGUUUUUCCUUGUGUCAGUUUUCUUUCUCAUAAUUUGUCUUUUAAAUGAAUCAUAACUGGUGGUAGGCCUAAACUCUUCUUCCCGAAAGGAAAGAUGAUUUGAUGUUGCUACAAAAUUUACUCCUGAGAAUUAUCAGUUAAAAUGUUAGAUCAGAAGUUUAUUUUA